CUCUCUAGCUGUUUUGGAGGUAUUUUCUAUGACCGUUCUCCGUGUGCCUCAGGAGUGCUCUCCGAACCCACGUGAUCUAUCUCUAUGAUCCUGAGGGCCGGGAAGUGGAAAGAUGUUAUGGCGUUUGCUGUGGAGUUUCAGAGUGAGAUCCCUUGGAGGAGGAGCUGCUGGUUUUCCCCGCCCUCGUCCUGUGACCCCGGUCGAGUCCCAUGAGGGGGAGCCCCUGUUUCUUGACCAGGAACCCGCGCAGCCCGGCAGGAGGCAUGGCAGGCAUCAGCAGCACAGAAGCUUCAGAUGUGGGAACUUCUUGCAUCGCUAUAUUUCCUUGGAUGCCUUCACUUGGAGUGCACUGGCUGUUCUUGCUCUGGAGUUGGCCAAGCAGGUCCAGUGGUUGAGUUCUGCAAAACUAGGUGGAGGAGGAACCAGUCAACUAGCUAUUUUGCCCCCACAUCAGCUCUCAGCUCCACCUGCUUGCUCCAGUGGGAAAAAAGAACCGCACUUUUUUGUGGGAGGGAACUCUGAUCCGGCACUGGAGAAUCCAUCUUCUAGUCAAACAUCACAGCCAGAAGAAAACAAACUCCUUUCAGAAAGAGAGGACUUCUUCCAACAAAGCGUUCUUCUUCCAACUGAUCUGGACUCUCACCUAUUGUGCUUGCAGGGCAACCUAGAACAGGAGGAUUAUCUUAAUGAAGCUGCUUCUCAAGUGCAACAGGUGUUUCAAGCCAGUGUUUCCAUGGCAUUCAACAUCCUUGGGUUAGAGUUCAUGCAGGAUGGGCAGUGCAAAAUGGCCUUUUCCUGCUUCAAGCUGGCCGCAGACCAGAACUACAGCAAAGCCCAGUUCAACGUGGGGUCAUGCUAUGAACAUGGAAGAGGCACCAAGAAGGAUGUGGCCAAGGCAGUCCUCUACUACCAGCGGGCAGCUCAGCAGGGACACACCAUGGCCCAGUACCACUAUGCUAAGUGGCUUCUCUGCCGCUGGCCGAAAGCAGACAAUGACAGCAGUGUACAGGAAGCAGUUGAUUUGCUGGAUCAGGCAGCUACUGCAGGGCUAACGCAGGCACAAGCCUACCUUGGGGUGCUCUAUCUGAAGGGUUUGAAGCCUGGCAGGCAGUGUGCGCAGAAGUAUUUGCAUAUGGCAGCCAAAUGUGGGGACUCCUCCAGCAGAUUCCUUUUGGGUGUUUGUUAUGAAAAGGGCUUUGGAGUCCCCCAGAACCAGCUGUCAGCUAGGAAGUAUUACCAGAAAGCUGCAGCUGAAGGCUACAAACUUGCACAGGAGAGAAUGAAAAUAAUGGCGCAAGAGGAGAUAACAGCUAUGCAGAGUCAGCAUCCAAUAUCCUUGGCAACAAGAACUUUUUUCUCCAGUCCUUGCCUUCAGAGCCUGGAUCAGCCACUGGCUUCUCACAGCCUGCUUCAUUCCUGGAGCACAGGAAACCUCAAAGAUGUAACAAAUAGCUGUGUGAAUUGCAUGCUACAGCCAUUGACUUUGUCUUCAGGAAUAGCAAUUGGCUAAAAUGGCUGAUGGGGAAACUUCCUCCUCACAGUUGAUGACUGAGAUUCAAGCUAAUACUGCCACCCUUUCUAGAGACAAAACCACAUGGACAUUGCAGGCAUCUGUUUGCAACUGUUUCUAAAUGUACACUUUCUUACUGGAUUGUUCUUCCAAAAAACUGCAGUCAGAGAGCUACACCAAUGAAUGUUGCAGUCACAUAAAGCAGCCCUGAUAAGCA